AUGCCGGGUCCCUUUGACCGCCGUUCAAUACCAGAAUACUUCGUCUCCUCCCCGCUCGUCGCUCUCCUCUAUCCACUUCAUCAGGUUCUUCUUCGUCUGCGUGGUCCACCUCGUCUCCCACCCCCAGGUACAACCCCAAUCCGCGUCGUCUGUAUCUCCGACACCCAUACCCUCGAAUGGCCCGACAUCCCAGACGGUGACCUCCUCAUUCACGCCGGUGACCUCGCAAACGAUGGCUCCGUCCGUGAAAUCCAAACAGCCGUAAACUGGCUCCGCUCUCUCCCACAUCCACACAAAAUCGUCAUCGGCGGAAACCACGAUUCCUACUUCGAUACCCGAUCACGCCUCGAAGAAGACCGCGAAGACACAACCACGAAUGGAACUGGAAAUGGCUUCGCGACCGUCUCCGCUUCAACUGCCUCGAUCCGCUCUCUAGAUGAGAUAACCGGUUCUCCCUCAAGAAUCGACUGGGGCGAUAUCCACUACCUCCAACACUCAUCCGUUACAUUGGAAUUUACGGCCCCCGAAUCUGAAGAGGUAAUGAACUCUUCUACGUCAACGCUUACCGCCACUAAUCCUCGUCAUCUUACGAUCUACGGUGCGCCACAAGUCCCAGCUAUCGCAGGUGCUACCUGGGGUCCUGAACAUGCUUUCAUGUAUCCGCCUCAUCACGAUGCCUGGUCUCGAACUGUACCCCCCGAAACAGAUAUUCUGGUCACUCAUACCCCGCCCCAAUCUCAUCUUGACCUCUCCCCAAUCUACUCGACCGGUUGUCCGAACCUCCUUGCUGAAUCAUGGCGCAUUAGACCCCUCCUUCAUAUCUUUGGACACUGUCAUUGUGGUGCGGGGUCGGAGCCGAUCUUCUGGGAUGAGGCGCAGAGAGCUUGGGAACGAUUAUGUGCUUCUCGCCGAUCACGCGCAAAACAUAAUCGCUUCGUUAUGUUAGCGGGUUUCUUGAGGGAUUUGUUUGAUCCUCGUGGUUGGAUUGAUGCGGCGCGUGUUGUGGUUUAUGGUAUGCUGGGUGUGGUUUGGGCGCAGGUUUGGGGUGGUGAGAAUAAUGGUGGUGGAUGGUUUGUUAAUGCGGCGUGUAUGUAUCAGUCUUCUGGGAAGCUGCGUAAUCCGCCGCAGGUCUUUGAGCUGUGA